UAAUUUUGAUUUUCCAUAUCUUUAUAAAUUGUAAAAUUCAUCAGAGAUGGUCUCUUUAUGUAAAGCUUGGCUUAAAGUUUCCUUAAUUUAUGUCCAUCUCAGAAACUAUUUAGAAUUUAAUGAACCUUCACUAUAGGUGUCUAGGACUGAAACUCCCAUGGCUGAAGGAAACAUAUCAGAGAUGGUUAAUCAGCUGUUGAAAGACGAGGUCCCACCAAGAUGCAUCGAAUCGAACACAAAUAGGGACUAUGAAAGCUGUGAUGAUAUCUCAAGUUCUUCAGAAUUACCUCGAAGUAGACGUCCCAGGAUUUAUGGCAAAAGAGCCAUAAAAACAAAGAAAAGAAUACGGAAAAGGCUUAUCAAAAUCUCAGAAAUGAGCGAAAACCCCUCUGAAUAUAGCGAUAUUUCCUCAGUAAACCCUAUCAGUGAGGAUAGUGAUUAUUGGCCAACUAUUAAGUCUUACGACCUGCCUUUGAGCGAAUGAAAUCCUAAUCUUUACGUCGAUAAGGAGCAACAUUACAAAACAGCUUAUCUUAAUGAAGUUGAAAAGAAUGAGAGGCUUUCUCUCCAGAUUGAGGAAUUACAGCAAAACAGAAGUCUUAGCGAUCAGAUGUUCGAGAAUAUCCACUCUCAGAUUUCUUUAAUUCCUGAAGAAUUUAAAUAAGAUUAGGAGUUUGAUAUCUCAAGGAAAUGAAAUUGAGCAGAGGAAAGAAGAGAUUGAGCGGCUUAAGAAGGAAAACUUUCUGUUAAAGAAAGCAGUCUAUCUCUGAAGGAAAGGAUAUGCCGGCUUGGUUACAAAAAUUAGAGAAACCAUUCAAUGACCUAUUUCGUUUGAUUAUAUUAAAGAUCCUGUAAUAACCCCUUCUGGAAUAACUUAUGAUAGGUCAUUUCUCAGCGUUGACAUCUCUAAUAGAAGUAAGGAUCCUGUUACGAAUCAGCCUAUGACUCUGAAUGAGAUAACUCCUAAUAGAAUGGUCAAGAACAUUCAAUUGUGUAUGAAGGAGGUGUUUAGCUCUCUUCGGAAAGAGGAAGAGAUAAUAAAUAAAAAGUUUUUCAGUGACAUCAAGCUCUCUGAAUUCAUCAGGACUUGAAAAUAAAAUCUAUUUUG